CAUAGAAAGCCAUCCCUGAUGAAACACCACACAAGCACAGGGGCACUUGAGGUCACUGAGACCACCUGUACUUCCCUCCUUUACUCAGGGAUAAAAGAGAGCAAGCAGGAAGCACCAGCCUCCACAACCUUGGCAACCUUCCUGGAAAGAUGCAGCCUCUCCUGUUCCUGCUGGCGUUUUUACUAUCCCCUGGGCCAGAGGCAGGAUGGAGCCACUGUUUGCGGACCUGAACUUCUCUGCUUCCAGAAUCCCGCAGGCACUGGCCCUACAAACUCUCCUUCAGGCCCAUUGGGGGUCAUUCCUUCAUGCAGCCAACAAACAGCUUUUGGGCACCCACUAUGCAUCAGGCCAUGGGAAACAGGCUAUGACAACAUCUAGAUCCCUAAAUGGGAGAUCAUCGGGGGACAUGAGGCCUGGCCCCACUCUCGCCCCUACAUGGCAUUUGUUCAAAUUCUGGUUGAAGAAAAAUGGAAGAGCUGCGGAGGUGUCCUCCUGCGACGGGACAUUGUUCUGACAGCUGCUCACUGCUGGGGAAGCUCAAUCAAGGUGACCCUGGGGGCCCACAACAUCCAGAAGCAGGAGAGGACCCAGCAGGUCAUCUCUGUGAAGGAAGCCAUUCCCCACCCAGACUAUAAUUCUAAGAAGAUAGCCAACGACAUCAUGAUACUAAAGCUGGAUAGAAAGGCCAAGCUGUCUGAAGCUGUGCAGCCCCUCAGCCUGCCCAGGGGCACAGCCCAGGUGAGGCCUGGAGAGGUGUGCAGUGUGGCGGGCUGGGGGAGAGUCGCCCCAAAUGGCAGAGGGUCAGACACCCUGCAGGAGGUGGAACUGACCGUGCAGCAGGACUGGGUGUGCGAAUACUACUUUCACAAUUACAACAGUACCACUCAGCUGUGUGUGGGGGACACGAAGGAAAAGAAGUCUUCCUAUAAGGGGGACUCCGGGGGCCCUCUCAUGUGUAAGAACAUGAUUCAGGGCAUUGUCUCCUAUGGACGAAGAGGCGGGAUUCCUCCAGGGGCCUUCACCAAAGUCUCAAGUUUUCUGCCCUGGAUAAAGAAAACCAGAAGGGGCCGGCCCCAUGGUGGAGUGGCUAACUUCCUGCGCUCCACUGCGGUGGCCCAAGGUUUUGCCCAUUCACAUCCUGGGCGUGGACAUGGCACGGCAAAACAUACCAUGCUGAGGCGACAUCCCACGUGCCACAACUAGAAGGAUCCACAACUAAGAAUAUACAACUAUGUACCAGGAGGCUUUGGAGAGGAAAAAAAAGGAAAAAACUAAAAUCUUUAAAAAAAAUAAAAAAGAAAACCAUGAAAAGCCUCUAACUGUAAGAACCAACCUACCUUCUCUGGAGCUGAUCCAUAAUGACACCAGCAACUAAAUAAAUGUCUCUGAGCUGAGCGGGAA